AUGGAUAAAAGCAGCAAAGGCAAGAGAACCGUGAUAACGGUUGAGGUCAAGAAGCAAAUCAUUUCCAAGCAUGAAAGUGGGGUCCGUGUAAGUGAUCUGGCAAUGCAGUUUGGCAUGGCCAAAUCGACAAUUUGUAGCAUGUUGAAAAACAAGGAUGCCAUCAAGGGGGCCAGCGUUGCGAAGGGUGUUAAAACACUCAAGCAACGAACACAGACGAUGGAGGAAAUGGAAAAAUUGCUUUUGAUAUGGAUAACCGAAAAGCAGUUGGCGGGCGACCGCAUUACUGAGAGCAUAAUUUGCGAAAAAGCUUUGCAUUUGCACGCCCAACUCGUCGCAAACACUCCUGGCGCAAGCGCUGAGAUUGAGAGUUUCAAGGCGAGCAGAGGGUGGUUCGAAAAAUUUAAGAAGAGAAGUGGGAUCCAUGGUAAACAUGCGGAAGCUGCCAGCGCCAACAAACUAGGUGCUGACCAAUUUGUUUUGGAAUUUAAAGAUUACGUUGUGUCGCUGGGCUUCGUUCCCCAGCAAGUUUUCAACUGUCAUGAGACAGGCCUCUUUUGGAAGAGAAUGCCAAGGAAUACGUACAUCACAAAGGACGAGAAAGCGUUGCCAGGACACAAGCCCAUGAAAGACAGGCUGACCCUUUUAUUAUGUGCGAAUGCAAGUGGAGAUUUCAAGUCGAAGCCUUUGCUAGUCUACCAUUCUGAGAACCCCAGGAUAUUUAAGAAGAACAAUGUCAUAAAAAGCAAAUUGCACGUGAUGUGGAGGGCAAACAGCAAAGCUCGGGUAACCAGGCAAUUUUUUAUCGAGUGGGUUCAUGAAGUGUUUGGGCCGAGCGUGAAAAAAUACCUCCAGGACAAAAAUCUUCCAAUGAAGUGCCUGCUUCUUAUGGAUGAUGCUCUAAGUGACCCUCCAGGCUUGCAGGACGAGUUGAUGGAAGAGUUUGCGUUCAUCAGUGUAAAGUUUUUGCCCCCCAACACAGCUUCUCUCAUCCAGCCCAUGGACCAGCAGGUCAUAUCUAAUUUUAAGAAGCUUUACACCAAAGCAGUCUUCCAAAGGUGCUUUGAGGUGACCUCGGACACAGAGCUAACCCUAAAAGAGUUCUGGAAGAAUCAUUUUAAUAUCCUCCAUUGCUUACAUAUGAUAGACAAAGCAUGGAAAGAUGUGUCUCAGAAAACUCUGCAGGCAGCAUGGAAGAAAUUGUGGCCAGAUGUUGUCCCAGAACAUGCAACGGAGGCUGUUGAAGAAGAUGUGCCUCUUGUUGAGGAUAUUGUGUUUCUGGGAAAUUCCAUGGGCUUGGAGAUGAGCGGUGCUGAUGUGGAGGAGUUGGUGGAGGAGCACGGCGCUGAGCUCACCGCCGAAGAACUUCAAAACAUUCUGCUGGAGCAGCAAAAGGCAGCAGCUGAGGAAAUGUCUUCGGAGGAGGAGGAGAGCAGAGAAAGUGUACCUACAGCAAAAAUCAAGGAGAUGUUUGCAAAAUGGGCUGAAAUGCAAGCUUUUGUUGAAAAAUACCACCCUGACAAAGCUGCUGUGAGUCAUGCCACAAACACUUUCAAUGAUUUCGCUAUGUCUCACUUUAGACAAAUCUUAAAACUUCGGCAAAAGUCUCAAGUGAAACUGUUUUGGUAA